AUGUCCUAUAUCACCGAAGUUACCAUCUGGCCAUCAGCCGCGGCCAUAAAACCUGAAAUACAAGACUUGAUUCGCUACUUUUAUGUCCUGGCCGAUACACCAGACCCAGAAACCGGAAAACAGUACGCCACGGAUAUUUUCAUCCCAACGGGUCUCAUGAAGGGACCAUUUGGCUUGUCCGAUAUCUACGUGGGAGAGGCUGAAAUCCAAAAAUCUAAGCUUAAUGCCUGGAAGUUGUUUACCUCUCGUCGCCACCGUGUCAAACGGGUUUUCGUCGCUGAUGAGCAAGGAUAUGAUCUGAUGCUUAUCGGGGAGGUUGAGCUAGGGUUGAGGAACGGGAGGGCCGUGACGAAUGAGUUUACCUGUCGCAUGCUAGUGGAUGAAGCUAGUGUAAAUGAGGGAACGCCACGCCUUGCACUGAGUUCAGUGUGGUCUGAUACCUCUGGAGUGAUGGCUGCCUUGAAGUAG